CAUGUCUGGAGUCGGAUUCUCUGGCCUUGGCGCCUUCUAGCUGUGUGGCUGAGAUUUUUCUCUCCUGGAGAAAGAGGGGUAAUACGGAGAAACUUGAGGUUCUAUGAUCCAUGAUGUUUGUGAAGAGCUGGAAUGUCACUGGGAUAGCAUCUUCAUCGAGACUUAUUCCUCAGUGGAAGGACUUAAGAUUCCUCAUAAAUGAGAUUCUGAAGGACAUAAAGACUGAUGAAGGAAUAAACAAUGAUGUGGUUGUUCUGAGUGACUGGCCUGAGACUGUCUACCAAGAAUCUCACCAUCCCCAGAACAAGCCUUUUAUCUGCUUCUACUUCAUCGAUGUCAACUAUUUUGUCUCCUUAAACUGGGUGGAACUGUAUGGAAAGCAAAUGCAGGCAGUGGUUUGGAUACAGAAAAAAGGUACAGAUAAGAAGGGAGUGAUUGAGAAGGUGAAGUUUCACGUGAUGGAACAGGUGCCUCCCAUCGAAGCAAUGGUCCACACAGGUUCCCACCACAUGCUAAUUGCUUACUGUGGUGACAUGCGCCUGAGGCUCUUCGGAGAUCACCAUCAAGCAUUCCUGCCUCUGGGUACAGUGCCCUGUCGUUUCUCCAUCAGCUGCCUCUGCUAUGACUCAGAAGCUGAGAUGCUGCUGUCUGGCAUCUUGGGAGCUGUCGUUACCUGGUUUAUUUUGCCAAAUGGCAGGGGCCUUCGGAUGGCUCAAACAGUGCCCCUGUCUGGUGGCGAGCUUGUACAGGGCUUUUCCCUGAAUAGUGCCCAGGGCUCCCUGCAGGUUCUGUGUGAGAAUGCGGUGAGUGUCUUCACCCACCAGGGCCAGGGCCAGCUGAAAGAAGUGAAGAAGUUCACCCUUGUAACCAGCGGUUCCUCCAUCACUUGCUCCUUUGCUUGUGUCUCUCAGGGCACUUUCUACGCGGGAAACGGAGCUGGAGAGAUCCAUGCUUGGAGUUUAGAUAAGAGUAACUUCCUCCACAGCUUCCAGGCCCACUCUUUACCAGUGGUAUGUAUCCAUAGUAGGCCGGAGACCUACACUUUACUAACGGCAGGCGGUGAAGGUGUACUGAGGGAAUGGAAUCUUGCUUCUGGGAAUUUGCUGAGGCAGCUGAGCAUUGAUGAGAAUCUGCAGCAACUGAAGUUUAUUGAUAACACCACUUUUUUCUGCCAGAGUACCUCUGCUUUCUCACUGCACCACCUGCCCUACUUUUAUAGCCUGUUCAAUGUCUGUGGUUCUGCUCCCAAGAAGCUGCAGCGGGUCUGCUGUGGCCAUAAUUGGACUCGGAUCUUGUGUGUCACUGAGGAUGGUUUAUUGCGUUUCCUGUCUCCAGUAACAGGGGAACUCCUGGUUAUCACAUGGCCUCUACUUAUCAUGAGUAUGGCUGUGGCAUGGGCCUAUGACUCAAACAGAGAGGAGCUCUUUGUGGCAAUACACACCUCAGAGGUGCUGGUUUUUGAUACAACACGCUCUCCUUGCCCAGCCAAGUAUCUUGUAUGUACUUCAGAAAAUCCUAGGGAUAAAGUAAGGUGCCUGGCCUAUGGGAGGUCCCAUUUGGGUAAGGGUCUAGAAGGACUGAUGUUCUGUGGAUAUGAAAGUGGCAUUGUGAGAAUCCUCUCCCACUGCAGUUUUGCGCAAAUAGAGAAGACUAUCCACACUGGGGCAGUGUUGUCCUUAUCUACCCUGGAAGGUUCCCAAGAAAACUCCUUACUCUGUUCCUAUGGCAAAGAUAACAUCAUACACCUGACAGAGGCUGUACUUCAAGACAGUAAGGUUAUCUUGCAGCCCGUCAGCAAAGUCCUCUGUGGUUGCCCCCUAAAACACAUGAUGCUUUUGCCAGGUUGUGUGGCUGCUAUCAGUGAGAACUCUGGCUGGUGUCUCUGGUGCUAUCAAGACCUGCGGAUUGCAUCAGAAUCAAAACAAAGCUUUAGGUUUGGAGAGACAAAAUGCCUGCAUGAGUGUGCUGUCACUUCAUUUGAUGUCUGCUUUUCCCUGAAACUUUUUGUCACAGGGGCCAUUGAUGGUUCAGUCCGGAUUUGGGACUUCUGGGGUAGACUUAUAACUGAGCUGGACUCAGCACUGCAGUUUGGAGCACUCUGCUUUGCCAAUAAUCGGGGUGACCUGCUUUUGACUAUCAACCAGAGUAUCUACAUAGUAUCCUGUUUAAAAUUGCUACCUCCAGCUAGGCUGAUUCACCUACGUAGCCUACACAAUGUAGAUGAAAUACAAGAAGUUCCUAAGCCCUUCCUGCCUAGCUUCUUCUUUUUGUUUGAAAUGGUAUUUGUACCCAAAUUUGUCUACCUGGAACAAGGCGUGCAGGAAUUACGGGGACUAAAAACCCUUGUCAACAAACGCGUCAUUGCCUUUGAUAAUACUGUGCCCCAUGUUGUAGAGGAGAGCCGUAUGUCCCUUGCAGUUGAAGACAUAUCCAAUUUGCAGCUUUUGGAGGCUAAAAGUAUUGAUUUGUCUACUCCAGACUCCAAGCAUAAUCGACCCCCAUUUGUGGCUCCUGCUCAAUUACAGCUGGCCGGAUGGGAUGGAUUCAACCCCUACCGCAUGUUACAGUGCUUUUUUGGUAAAGGAAAGCAAUGGCCCUUUGCUCCUGAUUGCUACAUCCCCAACUCAGUGAUCCGAGCCUCCCUUUGGCCUGAGGGUACCCCAAUCUUCCUCCGCUAUGACCUGUACUUACCCUACCAAGAUAAGGACUUGGACAUGACUGAAUUCUUAAGACCCCAAUCAUCAUCAUCUGUGACUCUAGAAGAAGGUAUCUCAAAGAGUAAACAGAAAGAUAAACCCAAGGAGCAAAAGAGAACUUCCUUUAAUGUCCUUGAAAGCACAACAAACCAAAAUUGGGUGAGGAGAAAAUUUAGUGAACGGUUAAUUGACAACAUAAUAGAGACCAUUCUCAACCUCACAGUUUAUUGUUCUGUAGAGAAAUACAAGAAAUAUUUUGAUAUCCUGGAACAAAUAUUUGCCAGCUACCAAAUAUCUCCAAGGUUGCGCACUGAGGUAGCUUGUCGCUUACUGAAAGAUACAACCCAUUAUGACUCACAUAUCCGUGAGCUAGCAUGGGAGCUGCUAGAGCGACUGGGUUUUAUGAGCCAUCUUUUUGCUGUUCCACUGGCUAUGGGAUUGAUGGACAGUGAUAAGAGUGUGCGGACUAAGGCGUUAUACCUUAUGACAAGAGUUACAGGCAUCCAAACCAAGACUGGGCUUAUUCGCUUGCUGAAGAAACAAGAAAUUCUCCAGGAAAUGCAGCUGGAAAUUAUUGGGGAAGCAUCUCUGGGCCAGCUGCUGGGGAUUGAAGCUAGUGAUAUCCGGUGCAUGCUUACUCAUGUGCAGUGGCGGCUAAAUGAAAAUUUGACCUUGUCACAUAAAGAUAAACCAUUUACUUUUGCUUUUACUGUACCAAAAGAGGAAGAAGUUGAGCUCACUGCUGAACAAAAAUUCAUACCUUUGCCAGAACCUGAAAAGAUCAUUGAACUGAAGAAAAGAAGGAAAUACAUUCAAGCAAAGAGCAAAGAACUUAGUAUGUAUGGGGUGAUGUAUAGGGUAUGAUUAGGACCAA